AUGACUGAUGCCCGGCGCAGCGGUCACCAUGUUCACGAAACAAGGGUGCUGAGCUAUGGACACCUUGGUACUGCUACUUACGAUGAACGACACCACGAAUGGAGGUUCUUGCGCCAGGGUCAAUUUCGAGAAGCAGAUGGCUUAGGAGGAGCGCGGCAUAGCUGGAACGGCUCAUCUCACUUCCUGUUGGCAGACGAAAGAACUUGGAUUCCCGCGCCAGAAUCUGCGCAAGCAUCUCGAACAGUGCAAGACGCCAGACUUGGUCGUGGACUACAAAAUUUCUUCCUGAAGCGAGUUCCCGAUGCUGCCUUCGUGGCCGUCGAGUUACCCGCUUCGCCAAACACCGUCGCAUCGAGGAGACAUCAACUAUCAGAAAAUGCGCUUGCUUUUGGGCAUGCUCGACGUCCGUUUGACUCUACCUUGCACAAUAACGCACCCUACACUCCUAUUGUCGCCAUUCGAUCCUGCUCAAGGCGCGAAACUCUGCAGCUCUUGGUCAUCGAGGCGCGUCAAGUUGCAAUCCCCAACGAGGCUGGUCUGUCAGAUUUGUGCAUAGUACCUUCCAUCGCAAGCAAAGUGUCAGGAUGCUGGACCGACUCGACAGACGAGAUACUUCAGGUGGCGUCGUCGAGCCAUUCCAGGGGCACACAGUUUCUUGUUGUCAAGGCGAGCAGCACGACCAUUUUGCGGCCGAUGUUGUCAACGUCGAAAGCGUCAGAAGGGCUUCUAGACCCACGUCCAGUAGUCACUAUUCCGCAUUCGAGGACAGGAGCCCAACCUCAUGCACAUGCCGCCUUCAAUCCCCAUGAUCAGAGUCUCGUGGCACUUGUAGACACCAGUGGGCAAUGGAGCAUCUGGAAAGUCACGGGAAGAAAUUCAAGGUCGGCCCGCAUCCUACACCAGGUAUCUCUGAAAGCCUCAAACAAUAUACGGAGCAUUGGACAACAAUCUCUGUCCUCAAAAGUCUCAACAUACAAGGACACAUGGCACCGAGUCUGCUGGUUGGCGGACCCCGAGGGAUUUAUGGACAGACUCUUAGUGUGCAAUCGACGCUUUGCUGCAGCUUUUGAUCGGACAGGAUCGUUCUUGGGUGAGGUCGACAUGCGUCUGGGCUCUCAGCUCGAUCGGAACCUGAUUCUCGAGGUCAAAAAUAGUGGCCGUCGGAGCGACCACGUAUUUGUCCUGACCACAUCGCGCUUCUUGAUAUUCAGUUCACCUCAGAGCAGUGGUAAUGACAGAGACUCAGGCGAAGUGCUGGAAUUGGUGUGUUCCUGGAACCAUUACCGAGACCGGAAUGAUCUGGGUCUCCGCAUGAGCGUGCUUGAAUCCUCAAAAGAUUCGUGGGUACUGCUCUAUUCAGCCACCAGCCAUUUGGCUAUCCUGUACGUCUUCGGGCAAGAGGGGGUGGCUUCAACGACUGUCUCCAUGCAAGACCCCUCAACCUUCCAGUUCUCGCAGCAGCUCAAAGGACGCAUGAAGGAUGUCAUUGACAUCACGAUGUGUCCAGUCGCCUUCUCAGACCAAAAUCAGCAUGCCGGCGCCGUUGGAUUUGGCCUUAUCAAGCUUGUCGCCAGCUUAGGUACAGGAGAGAUCAUUGAAGCAUUGUACAAGAAUGAACUCGGCCAGUUUGGUCUGUCGAAUCACCUGCCAGAGACGAUUUCGCAUUUACCAUUGCCACGGUCGCUGGACAACUAUCCAAUCAGUGCUAAAUAUGUCAUGGACGAGGAUCUAGAUGAUUUUGUGGUGCCGGAUAGCGGAGGAACAGACGAUUUUGCCGGGAACGCCAGCUCUGCACGAACAACUCCGCAAGAUGCGCAACGUAUUUCUCUCAAUUUUCGAGAUUGGCAACGUCUUCUGCAGUACGAAGUGCUGAAGGAGAAUGUCGACGACAGAAUGUCUUUCGAAUUGGCCCUGCAGCGGGUCAUUGAAUAUCUGGAACACCUCAAAGUUGAGAAAAAGAUAACACCCAUCCAUCUAUUGUCAGAUAUUACCGAUAGCUGUCGAAUCACGGACGUGGAACACGAUUCUCAAGUCUCAGAUGAAUGGCUUGAUACUCUUGCUCUUCAGGCUGGUAUCACGGUCGAACCGACUGCGCAGGUCAUAGGAGGUGUACCAAGUUCUUCACGCAGACAUACACUUCUUGACAUUUAUGAGGGUUUAGUCAGAGAAUAUCUCGAACCACUGUCCAACCAGGUCACAGAUCGAGGUCGGGUCAAUCGCGAAAGGCUGGUCCGCCAAAUAGUGGGAGAUGCAUUCUUCGGCGCAUUCGUGUUGACCUCUGGGAUAGCUGCACUUCCGCCCGCUUCUCCAGGACCAUACUGGACACCGACCCAGGACAGCGAAGGUCCAUCCCCAUCCCUGGGUCUGGACUCAGAUGAUCCAACAGCAUCACAGGCACCGACGCCCGAGGCUCUCCCAGAUACAGAGGAACGGGCAGUUACCCGUCUGCGCAAUUAUGCAUUAUUUCGUCACGACGUGCCACCUUUAUUGCUGGACCAUCAAGCUACUAUCUCCAACAUCUUGGUCCAUCUUCCAGAAUCCAUUGAACAGAACCCAGAAGAUUAUUCCUACCAGCAGACGAAUCAAAUGAUGAAGCUGGCGCAGGAGGAGAUGGCAGCUGAGUCGUUGAAUCCCAAAGAGAGAAAGAAGGCUCUGAGAUCUGCGGUGCGCCUCCAACGGAAAUUGGAAAGAACUCAACUCAUCAGUCAAGAAGUCGUGAUGCGACGAAACCUGCUACCUGACAUCAGCAGUGGACCAAAGGCCGCCGCCCUGCCACUGCGAGAAGUCCAAAGCAGUCAGCCAGCCGCACCGAGUUCGAGUCAGACGACCGGCCCAGGUCAAGGGGCAAUCCCGGGAUUCAGCAUGACGCAGCCAGAGAGGGGUGCUUAUGGAACCAGACAAGCAGAGAAAAAGGGAAAGAAGGGACAAAAGAGACGAGCGGGCUUUUAG